GAAUUUGGUUAAAGCUGGAGCCUCUAUGCUUACGGUCCAUGGUAGAACCAGGGAACAGCGAGGUCCACACACAGGCUUGGCAAACUGGGAAGCGAUACGUGUAGUUUGUCAAUCAGUUGACGUUCCUGUCAUUGCAAACGGAAAUAUCCAGAUUUUUACUGAUAUUGAACGUUGUCUUAGUGAAACUGGUGCGAAGGCUGUGAUGAGUGCGGAAGGAGUACUAUCAAAUCCACUUUUGUUUGAAAACAAAUGCGAGCCAAAUUGGGUCAUAGGGAAAGAGUAUCUUGAUUACGCUGAACGGUACAAAGCAAACAUAAGUGCGAUACGAGCACACUUGUUUCGGAUUUGUCAUUAUAGUCUUCUUGAGUACACCGAUCUUCGUGAAAAGAUGUCAUAUGUUUGCACAAUUCCUGAGUUUUGUGAUAUCCUAACAGAAAUUCAAGCUCGCGUUAAACAGUUGUCCCCUGAUUAUUCAGAUCCAGGCGAGUCUUUGGAAAACUUUGAUAGUGGCAUGGGUUUUGAGUCGUACAUAUCGUCGUUACCGCACUGGAUUUGUAAGCCGUAUCUACGUCCCCAGCGUGAUGAUUCUACUGCCUCAACAAGCGAUUAUCGUGAACGUCGUCGCGCAGAAUUAGAAGUAAUUGCAGAGCAGACUGGUUUAUCAAAGAGGCAGAUACGGAAACGAGAAAAGAGAAAAAUAGGAUAUCAAAAGACAAAAAGUAGAAAACAGACAUAUAUAAAGUGCUUAAGAUGCUCGAUGCCUGCUAGUCAAGGUUGCAAAUUUCUCUUUUGUCGGAAUUGCUGUCGUUACAAAAGCGCUCAUGAAAAACUUGAUUGCAAGGUCUCGGUGCUGGAAAUUUGACU